ACGACGCCAUUGCGCUACAUAAUUCAACGAGUAUUGUCUUCUGUCUUCAAACUGCUCUGUUUAGCUGAGCGCAUUCUGUGCUAAGCGCGUCUCCAGCUGAGCGCGCGCUCACAUUCAACAGACUUUGAUCUCGUCGCCAUGGCAGCGGCGCGAGGCGUCGAGCAAGCUACCCCUGGGGCGCGAGGAACGAGAAAGUCAGCAGUUUGAUUAGUCAUGGCGGAUGGUUUAAUAUAUGUAUUUGCUUUAAUUAAAUCAUGCGCCUUCUGACAGGAACUCGUGCUGAAUUUGGUGGUUGAACAUUUCCUGUUUCCUGCAGUUCAGGGUGGAAACAUACACAGCGCGUGAGAUUAUUCGUUCAGGCUCUGAUACUCACGCGCACUGACUUGUGGAAAAGUGAAGGGAUCGCAUUGAAGGAUGUCAGACAGCUCUUAUGGCAGAAUGUGGGCAGAUGCCCAGGGGGCCUUGCAGGAUCUACUGCAAGACGAGAUGCCCCCACUGCUGCCCCGUCCUCAGAAGGAUCGUUUUCAAGUCUUUCAGACGCUGGCCACUUUCUACCUGCGCUACCUCCAGAUCUUCCGGGGGCUGGAGGCAGCCUAUGACCAGAUCGUUCAUCCCCAGAAGAGACGUGUGGUGUGCCACGUCCUGGAAGGAGUCAUGGGAAGAUUGCUGGAGCUGAAGAACGAGAUGGUAGAGUUAGAGUUCUCUGAGUUUCACUACUUUGAUGACGUGCUACAGGACCUGAAGAUGACACCAGAGGACCUGGAGGUUCCCAUCCCACGCUAUUUUGUGAGGGAAAGGAUGAAAGCACUGAAAGAAAGAGAGAAAAUGCUGGCUUAUAUUCUGGCUGAAAAGGGGAACAUAGAACAGGAACAUGUUGCAGUACACAGUAUGACUGUGGAGAAGGCAGUGCGAUUGCUGCAGCUGAGUGAACGUGCACGGCAGGGACGCCUCAGAGCUCGUUUUAUGAAGGAGAUCCGAGAUGAAGAGAGGAAAAACCAGCGUCAAGUGAUCAACAGCACACUGGAUCCCCAUCUCUCAGCUACUCUCAUACAGAAGACAUGGCGGGGUUACUGGCAGAGGAAGAGGACCAAGAAAGAACGUCUGGAGGAAAUGAUAUUUUUGGGAAUGAUAGACCCCCAACUCCCAACACCCAGUCCUGCUCAGCAGCAAGCAAAACAUGUGGAAAGCAGCAGGCAUCAGAUGCAGGAGCAGCAUGAAGCAGAGUACCAGCAGGCCCUGAUCACCAUCAAGGAGUCUGUUCGCUUGGUAGAUGGACCGGACAUAAAGGAAACACUCCAGGACCAGAUACGCCAAUGGUUCCUUGAAUGCCGAGAUGCCACUGGAAAGUUUCCUGAUUUCCCAAGCAGUGAGGAUGGCGGAUCAGCUUCCAUAUUUGCUCAGAAGACACCGGAGGAGGUUGCUGCUGAACUAGCCACUAAACAACAAGAGAAGGAGAAGAAGUCUAAGGGGAAGAAUGCUGUAAAAGACAAGAAGAAAGACAAGAAGGGGAAGAGUAAAGGCAAAGGCGGGAAAGCUGAUACAGCGGAGGAGGAGGAGGAGGGAUGGAAGAUGAGCCCCAGUAACUUUCUGCCAACUGUGGUUGAAGGAGCUAAGAUAUACAGAGAGUUUUGGCAGACCCGAGCCGAGGACCAGAACUUCCACCAGCAUUUUGACCCUGAGCUGGUGCGAGAGGAGAAGCGAAUGGAGGUGGAAGUGGAGGUCAGAGUUCAGGUAGAUGAGCUGAUGAGGCAGGAACUCAAGAAUCUCAAAUUGGUAGUGGACCGGGACAAGGGCAAAAAGAAGAAAACAGGGAAAAAGGCUAAUAAAAAGAAGAAAAAGAAAGCAAAAAAGAGUGGAAAGAAGAAGAAGAAGAAGAAAGAGAAAGAUCUUACAGCAGACAGGACUGUUGAAUCAAUAUACGAGGAGCUCGUGCUGGAAGGCAUCCUGAUUCAGCCAAUGACCGUAAAAUUAUGUGAUUACCUCGGGGAAUACAGUUACCUGGGUACGAGCCUGAGGCAGGCAGACAUUGAGCCCAUGCCAUCCCUUUCAGACGUCAGACAGCUCAUUGCUCUGUACGGCGUGCUGCCUCUGGGCUCUCAGUGUGUACAUGAGAGAGGACCUCUAAUCCGCUCAGUGCUGCUGGCCGGUCCCUCAGGUGUGGGUAAAAGGAUGCUGCUCCAUGCCCUGUGCACAGAGACUGGGGCCAAUCUGUUCAACCUCUCCCCUGCAAACCUGACAGGCAAAUACCCAGGCAGGAGCGGCCUCCAGUACCUCCUGCACAUGGUCUUGAAGGUGGCUCGCCAGCUGCAGCCCUCUGUCAUUUGGAUUGGAGAUGCUGAGAAAACAUUCUACAAAAAAGUGCCAAAUCUAGAGAAAGAGAUGGAACCCAAAAGACUGAAGAAAGAUCUGCCAAAAGUGGUCAAGUCCAUUAAAGCAGAGGAUCGUGUGCUGCUGGUCGGGACAUCUCGCAGACCUUUCGAUGCAGAUCUCAAAGCACUGUGUAAAGUUUACAAAAAGAUCAUCCUGAUUCCCAGACCAGACUAUGCUUCAAGACUGAAUCUAUGGAAAGAGCUGCUCAUGGUGCGAGGUGUUCAGCUCAGCCCCUGUCUGGACCUCAGCUCUUUGGCUAAAGUCACAGACGGCUACACUCAGGGUCACAUCCUGCAGGCUAUACGGAGUGUCCUGACCGCUAAACGCCUCAGUCGGCAAACCAAGAAACCCCUCACUGCGAUGGAGUUUAUUCCUCCUCUUGCCAGACAAGACCCCAUCUACAAAGAGGAGGAAGAGGCCUUUAAGAGUUGGUACAGCAGGACUCCAAUGGGCAAGAGGCGAGCACGGGCAGGAAAGGCAUUUCAAGAAGCGGCAGAGCUGAAAAAAGCAAAGAAGAAACACGGAAAGGGUUUGAAAAUGGCAGCAGAGGCGAAGGGGAAAAAGAAAAAGAAGUGAAUGUUUUGCUGUUUCACUGAGAACUGUAGUUUUGCGUGUGUG